AGUAUAGUGAUAGUUUUUACAACAAAGAAAAGAUGAACAGCUAUAUACCAGCUGAUAUCCGUGAUUUUUUGGAAAAGUCUGUUGGUGGAAAUCUCGACGAUUUUCAAGUGGAAACGCACAACAAAAACACAAAAGGAGAAGGGUUCCUGUCAGAAUUUUUGUUCGUUUCCUUAACCAACAGGAAAACUAAUGAAGUGUUUCACUUAGCUGUGAAACAAGCCUUGGCCAGUGGAACCGAAACGUCACUCACAUUUGUGAAUAACCUUUUCCACACCGAACUUUGGUUUUACGAACACAUAUGGCCGGAAUUGAGGAGGUUCCAAGAUAAUUUCCCGAACGCCAAAAAGUUUCUGUGCAUCCCGAAAGUUUAUGCAGCGAAUGAGAAAAAGGGUAGCGAGAAAAUAUCUUUCGAAAAUAUGGAAUACCAAGGUUUUCGCAAUCAUGACAAAUCCACCUACUUCAGAAGACGUCACUUAGAGUAUAUCCUGAGGACCUACGGGCAGUUCCACGCCAUUUCCAUGGCUUAUCGAGUGUUGGAUCCGGAAAACUUUAGGAAAAUUUGCGGUUCCCUGGUGGAUAAUUACAAGGCGUUUGGAGAGCUACAGUUCUUCAAGCGGAUUAUCGACUAUGGCUGUCAAACUGUUUUGUCCACCUUUGACGAAAUGACAGAGAAAGAAAUCAUCGAUAAGUUUAGGGUAUACGCAGAAAAAGGAUCGCAUAUUCUCCAGGAAACUUCGAGAUAUAACGGAAAAAAUCAAGUAGUCACGCAUGGAGACGCUUGGAGCAACAAUCUGAUGUUCAAAUAUCAUGAAGAAUCCGAUGACAUAGAAGACAUUCGAAUCAUCGAUUUUCAGUUUUCCAGAGUUGGAACAGUAGUUUUUGACAUUUCAUUUUGUAUCUACGACGGUGUAUCUGGAGAAAACUUAGACGAUUUGGACCAUUACCUCAGAGUCUACCAUCAAAGCCUCUCAGAGUCUUUAAGGAAAUACAAUUUGGACCCAGAACAGGUAUAUUCUUACGACGAGUUUCAACAAGAGUGGAAGCGGUACAGCAAAUUCGGACUCAUCUUAGCAAUAAUGAUUCAAUCAUUUAAAAACAUACUUCCAGACUCUGUACCAGUAGUUGUGGAUUUGAUCGAUAAAGCACGUCAAGAUGGAAAUAGGAAAAAUAAUGAUGAACCGUUUGCUACCAACAGGGAGAAGGUUAUGAAUGCUGGCAGGAACUUGGUACUGCAUUUCUAUGGAAAUGAUUUUUUAUGAUUUUCAAUAGUUUGUAUAUAAAAUAUGCGAAGACCCUGUACCUGUAGGAACUUUGAGAUGUCAUGAUAUUUAAAUAAUGUAUACCCGCUUUAAAAAAUGUCUAGCGUAUUUCAUUAUAACAAUGACUCUAUGAUGUACAUAGGGAUUUAAUAUUAUUUCCACCUUGUAGGAGAGCAAAUUCAAUACAUUAUAUCUUAUAGAAUAACAAUUUCAUUAUUUGUUCCUGUGGCUUUCGAUAUAACAGCAGUAGGCCAUGAUAUGAUAAUAAUGUAUACCCGCUUAAAACAUCUCAAGCAUAAUUCAUUAUAACAAUGGCUCCAUGUUGUGUAGGGAUUUCGUAUCAUCUUCACCUUGUAAGAGAUCAAAUUCAAUACAUCAUAUCUUAUACAGCGUGUCUCACUUCAAACGUCCCCCAAUAUAUCACAGCAAUCAGUCGUGCCUUCUAAUGGAAAUAAGAAGGGAACGAUUUUUCAUGAAAUCAUAUUAGUAAUUUUUUUGUAUAAAAACCAACUCCAUAAUAUUGUUCUUCAUGGUUUCAAACCCCCAUAUGUACAUUUAUUUCCAUAUAAUUUCUAUGUAGUUUGAAACAGAAUAUUUUUCACUUUAUAUUAUAUUUAUAUAUAUCUCAAUGGUGAUUCGUCACUAUUGAAAUUGAACUCCGCCUUCAAUUUUCUUCCGAAGUUAAAUAUGUUAUAUAUAUAUAUUAUUUUUAUUCUAAUGACUGUACCGUUGAAGAGGAAGAAAAUAAUAAAGACGAUAUUAUUAUU